UAUUUUGGAGAUUUUAGUACGACAUCGGGGAACUUUUGGCAUACUAACUAUAUCCAUACUAUGGCCAAUAAUCAUACUAUAUACCAAAUCACGUUACAAAUAGUGUGGUUUAGUAUGAGUAUUUUAACACAGCUCUACGGUCUGGUUUAAUUUUAAAAGAACGGAAAGAGAAUCUUUCAACCAGGAAGUGAAUUCAACCAAUAGGAUUCUGGCAAAGCGUCCUAAACUGACGUCACCCGGUAACGAUGAACAACCGGUAGGAUUGUAGAGAAAUCUGUGCUGAUUUUCCGUUAACUCAAUUGUUUUAAUAUACUCAUCUAAAACGUGCAAACAUCAUGGUUUUCGAUGUGAGGAGGUUGGAUAUCUACAGGAAAGUACCCAAAGACCUGACCCAGCCAACGUACACAGGAGCUGUGGUGUCCAUUAUCUGCUGUGUCUUCAUGUUGUUCCUGUUCCUCUCUGAGCUGAAGGGAUUCAUAGCCACUGAAAUUGUUAACGAGCUGUAUGUGGAUGACCCUGAUAAGAACAGUGGUGGGAAGAUUGAUGUGAGUUUGAACAUCAGUUUGCCAAACUUACACUGUGAUUUGGUAGGUCUUGAUAUCCAGGAUGAGAUGGGUCGUCAUGAGGUGGGGCACAUAGAUAACUCCAUGAAGGUUCCUCUCAACCACGGACGUGGCUGUCGCUUCGAGGGAGAGUUCACUAUUAACAAAGUACCAGGUAACUUCCACGUGUCGACCCAUAGCGCCACAGCCCAGCCCCAGAGCCCUGACAUGACACACCUCAUACACAAACUGGCCUUCGGGGAGAAACUACAGGUGCAGAAUGUCCAAGGAGCCUUUAAUGCGUUGGGAGGAGCUGACAGGCUGGUCUCCAACCCUCUGGCAUCUCAUGACUACAUCCUAAAGAUUGUCCCAACAGUCUAUGAAGACCUGAGUGGAAAACAGAGGUUCUCCUACCAGUACACAGUAGCCAACAAGGAGUACGUAGCCUAUAGCCACACAGGAAGGAUUAUCCCAGCUAUCUGGUACCGCUAUGACCUCAGUCCAAUCACAGUCAAGUACACAGAGAAGAGACAACCCCUCUACCGGUUCAUAACUACGAUCUGUGCCAUCAUCGGGGGGACGUUCACGGUAGCAGGCAUCAUAGACUCCUGUAUAUUCACAGCCUCCGAGGCCUGGAAGAAGAUCCAGAUAGGAAAGAUGUCCUGAGGACGUAUCACUACGCUGUCCCGAGGACGCAUCACUACGUGUCACUACGCCCUCAUGAAACGUAUUUCUAACAUCCAGAAGGGUGUAUCUCAAUAGUCUACAAGCUUCCUCUCCUUCACCUGCUAGAAUAAUAAUAUAUACCAUUUAGCUGACGGUUGUUUCCUAAGUGACUUAGUCAUGUUACACAUUUUUCUCUAUGGGUGGCCCCAGCGGGAAUCGAUCCCACCAUCCUGUCGUUACAAAUGCCAUGCUCUACCAACGGAGCCUUUACUUUCCUUCAUCUGUCAGAGCAGAGGAAGGAAAGGAGACGAGGCGAGGAAGCGACUCCAGACUAUUGAGAUGCACCCAGAGACGGGCAGUAUAUUUCUCCAGAUGACAACAGGAUGGAUGGUUGUUUUCAAAUGGCAACAUUUACCCUUUUAUAGUGCACUUCUUUUGGAGCCUCAUAAAUAGUGCCCUUCUUUUGGGUCCUCAUAAAUAGUGCACUUCUUUUGGAGCCUCAUAUAUAGGGCACUUCUUUUGGAGCCUCAUAAAUAGUGCACUUCUUUUGGAGCCUCAUAAAUAGUGCACUUCUUUUGGAGCCUCAUAAAUAGUGCACUAUGAAUUAAAUAGGGUGGUAAAAUGUAGUAAUUUGUCAUCAAAUGUUUUUCUCAUGUUACUUUCAAAUGUUUUUUUUUUUACAUAAUAUUUUGUACUUUGUGACAUGAAGUGAAUAUAUACUGUCUUUUUCAGGUGUAAAAUACCACAUUGUAACAUACUGUAUUUAUGAUUGUAUUGUGGAAUGAAUCACACUGUCACAUCAAGCCAUUGGAAAUAUAAUGAAUCAAUUGUGCCUUAGGUUUUUUUUUAAGCCCAUGUCAUGCAGUAUGUCUCUCAAAUCAAGUGUUUUCAGCUUUCUGGGUCGUUUGGUUUCUCAUUUCAAUGUUGUCUGAACCAGGCUUUUCUUAUUGUCAUUUCAUAAUGCUGAAUCUAUUACGGUAUUGACUGAAUAAUGGACCAACUCUAGAAGUAGUCUUGGUUCUAGAGCUAGUCUUGGUUCUAGAGCUGGUCUUGGUUCUAGAGCUGGUCUUGGUUCUAGAGCUGGUCUUGGUUCUAGAGCUGGUCAUGGUUCUAGAACUGGUCUUGGUUCUAGAGCUGGUCUUGGUUCUAGAGCUGGUCUUGGUUCUAGAGCUGGUCUUGGUUGUAGAGCUGGUCUUGGUUCUAGAGCUGGUCUUGGUUCUAGAGCUGGUCUUGGUUGUAGAGCUGGUCUUGGUUCUAGAGCUGGUCUUGGUUGUAGAGCUGGUCUUGGUUGUAGAACUGGUCUUGGUUGUAGAGCUGGUCUUGGUUGUAGAGCUGGUCUUGGUUGUAGAACUGGUCUUGGUUGUAGAGCUGGUCUUGGUUGUAGAGCUGGUCUUGGUUCUAGAGCUGGUGUUGGUUCUAGAGCUGGUCUUGGUUGUAGAGCUGGUCUUGGUUGUAGAGCUGGUCUUGGUUGUAGAGCUGGUCUUGGUUCUAGAGCUGGUGUUGGUUCUAGAGCUGGUGUUGGUUGUAGAACUACAACGUGGUCAAUGUUUACUGCCCUGCCCCCUCUCCUUUUUUAUAGAAUGUUUCCUAAAUCCAUUGUGACUGGCCGUACUAUCUGUUCAGUGUCCUUGUGUCAAAUCCAUUGUGACUGGCCGUACUAUCUGUUCAGUGUCCUUGUGUCAAAUCCAUUGUGACUGGCCGUACUAUCUGUUCAGUGUCCUUGUGUCAAAUCCAUUGUGACUGGCCGUACUAUCUGUUCAGUGUCCUUGUGUCAAAUCCAUUUGUUAUGAAGUUGUUUUUUUUUGGUUUUAUCUACUUUCUGAAGAUGUUCAAAGGAUUUGUACGUCUUUAUGUUUUUGCCAAAAAGUAAUAGUAUUUUGUUAGUUCCUUCUAAUGUUUUUCUGAACGUGUGUGUUCUUUUGAUUUGUAAUUGAUAACAAUCUGAAUUAUCCGUUUGACGUUGUUACAGGGUUUCUGUGGGAAGGGAGGGAACUGUUUAGUUAUAAGGGCUAUAUCCCAAAUGUCACCCUAUUGCCAAUGUAGUGCAUGACUUUUAGACCAGGGACCAUAGGGCGCUCAUCAAAUGUAGUGCACUACACAGGGAAUAGGGUGCCGUCAAGAUGUUCUUUAUCAAUGGUCUCAUCACUACCAUGACAACUAAGAUGAAAGCCAUUGAUAAAUAGAAGUCUUUAAAACUGGUAUUACUCGACUAGGUCAGACAUUUUCCUGUCAUGAAAGAAGCAGAUGAUGUGUGCAACAACCAGUAAAGUUACUUUAGCAACCA